AUGAAUGUGCAAGCCAUGAAUGAUGAUGUCAGUCUUAUGUUGAAUUUUGAUACAAGGUUUUCUAGCGAUGUGAAUGAUGGCUCCUCAACCAUUAAUUCUUUUGUGGGAACUAACAAGGAGGUUUAUCUUGAGCUUGAUGUUCAUAAUGGUUUUUCAGAUAACAACAAUGAUCAUGACGACACUGUUAACUCUGUUAAUAAGGAAAAUCAUGAUGACAAUGUAAUAGACGCUGUCGAGCAUGGUGACAAUGAACAAUAUCUUCACAAUUGUUAUGCUGGGAUAAGAAAUGAUAAUGGGAAAGAGAAUAAGCUUGUAGAUGAGGAGGAAAAGGGCAAUGAUAACUCUAUUUCCUAUAAGAGCAUUGAAUAUGCUAAUGAAGUUAGUGAAGGUGAGAGUGAAUAUAAUAGUAAAGAUGGUAGUGAAGGUGAGAGUGAAUAUAGUGACUACUAUGACCUUGUAGAGGAAGAUAAAGGUGUCAACGAUGGUGAUGAGGAUUACGAAGAGGAAGAUGAAGGUAGUGGACCAUAG